AUGGCGGCUCCUGGCGACGGCGCGAUUUCGAUAAAUGCAUUGAAAGUUCGCAUGCAAGAAGUUUCGGAAGAACUAAGCAAAUACAAGACUUUGUUCGAAGCCUCUGAAAAAGAACUGGAAAUCGAAAAAGCCAAAACCAAAGCACUAGAGAGUGAAGCAAGAGAAUUGAACCACAAAGUGAGUUUGAUGGAGAAUGAAUAUGAUCAGCAGGCAGCAAAAUAUGUUCUCCUAUGUGAAAAACUUGAAGAAACCAUCAAAGUUGCUGAAGAAUGUGACAAGCAACGUAAAUUAUUAGACCAGAAACGUGUUGUGGAUGAAGAGAGGCUGGCUGAGUUGGAGCAGAUAUUUAGAGAAACUAGUGAAAUUGCUUUCGAGUCUGAGAAAAAAUAUGAUGAGGUUUCUCGUAAACUGGCUGCAUCAGAAUCAGAUUUAGAGAAAGACCUUGCCAAGACAGAAGCAGCUGAAUUAAAUGUUAAAAAUUUGCAAGAUGAUUUAAAAACCAUGUCUGCUAAACUGAAAUCUAUGCAAGCAAGAGUUGAUAAGGCUGCAACCAAAGAAGCUAACUUUGACAAGACAAUUGAAGAUUUGAGAAAUCAGCUAAAAACUUGCAUCAAAAUUAUGUUUCAGGCUGAGGACUGCGGGAAUGAAGCUGACAAAACAACUUGCAAGCUGCAGAGGGAACUGGAUCAGCUUCAAGAUCAUUUGCUGCAGAUAAAAAUGCAGUGCCAAGUUUUGAAACACGAGUCUGAUCCAAGGGACAUUUCUUUCAAUUAA